AGUCCGUCUGAGCAGGGAGGCUAACGCUGGUGUAUCCUCGGUCGCUUCCGCCAAUGCAAACAUGUAGUUCUUUCCUUGGUCUAAUCGCACUGCUACCAGGUUGUGUUUCGUAGUUGUCAACCAGUUUGUCAGUGGUCCCAGUAACGAUGGCUGUGCCGCUGAAAAAAGCCGUUUCGAAACUAGGGCAGCGCAGAGUUAGCUUGGUAACUAGCUAACACUGAAUAGCUAACUAACUCUCGGGCCGUGUUUGUAUGAGGCUGGCCUUGCUAAUUAGACAGCUAGCUAGCUUCCACUUGGCUGCCACGAAAGGCUAUAUUGGAGUAAGCCAAACGAAAAAGGGGAUGGCAACUAAUACUAUCUAACGAGGACACACUAAGAAGUGGAAAAAAAACAAUGAAGAAAUCAAUGAAUGUCGGUGCAUCGUCGCCAGUGAAUGGAAAGCAAGGUAACGCUAGACUGGGACACCAGACGGAAGAGGAAAAAAGCGGACAUCGCGCAGGCCCUCACCGUGAGUCCGGUGGAUGUAGCGGCUCUAAGGAGGAUGGCGAUCAGUGAAGGAGGACUGCUGACUGAUGAGAUACGCUGUCAGGUCUGGCCCAGGCUUCUCAACGUCCCCCUCGAUGUCUUGGAUCAAGAGCCAGAAACAGUAGAGCGGGAAAAUAACAAGGACUACAACCAGGUGUUGUUGGAUGUCCAGCGCUCACUACGGAGGUUCCCACCUGGUAUGCCAGAUGAGCAGAGAGAGGGUCUUCAGGAAGAGCUAAUUGACAUCAUCCUCAGAGUUCUGAAACGUAAUCCACAGCUGCACUACUACCAAGGAUACCAUGAUAUCGUUGUCACCUUCUUAUUGGUCCUGGGAGAGCGCCUAGCAACUGCUCUAGUGGAGAAGCUCUCCACACAUCACCUCAGGGACUUCAUGGAUCCCACCAUGGACAACACAAAACACAUUCUUAACUAUCUGAUGCCUAUCAUUGAAAGGGUCAACCCUGAAGUGCAUGACUUCAUGGAACAGGCUGAGGUGGGGACAGUCUUCGCUCUCAGCUGGCUGAUCACCUGGUUUGGCCACGUUCUGUCAGACUUCCGCCACGUUGUACGGUUGUAUGACUUCUUCCUGGCCUGCCAUCCACUGAUGCCCAUCUACUUCGCUGCUGUGAUUGUGCUGUACAGAGAGGAGGAAGUGCUGGAUUGUGAAUGUGACAUGGCCAUGGUUCAUCACCUGCUGUCUCAGAUUCCCCAGGAUCUGCCGUAUGAGACACUGAUCAGUCGAGCAGGAGACCUCUUUGUCCAGUUUCCUCCCUCUGAACUUGCAAGAGAGGCUGUCUCGCAUGAAAGCACGGCAGCCUCUACCUUUAAAGACUUUGACCUUGCGUCCACUCAACAACGACCAGACUCAGUUCUCCGUCGCCGACGCAGACAGAAACAGGCUGCUUUGGAGAGCUCAGCAGUGAACUCGGUGGUGACGGUGGCCAGACCGUCAGCAGCGAGGCGGUUCGUUCGAUUGGCAGUCAUGGGUCUGACGGUCGCUUUAGGGGCAGCAGCUCUUGCUGUGGUCAACACUGCUCUGGAGUGGGCCCCCAAACUAGACUUGUUUCCUUGAACUGCUUCUCUUUUACCCCUACACUCCAACCUAUCUGUCCUUGACUGAAACGAGCUGGCAGGUCUGUUUUCAAGAACGCUUUAUUCAACUAAACCACAAACCAUGGAGUCUGUAGCGCUGUCUGGAACGUCUUCUCUAAACUGAACCAGGUAACACUCCGCUUUCGUCUUGUCAGAUGUGUCAAAACAUCUCACUCUUCUUAGGGCUUGUGAGGCCGCUGCUAUGGGCCCUUUUUAUGACACCUGAAGAGUGGACCAGUUUAACAGCUGCUGGUAUUCUGAAAUGAAGAAUCCUUCUGGCUCCAAUGAAGAGACUAUUUUGAAGAACUAUUAUUGAUGGUGUCAUUAAAGUUUAUUUAUAUUCCUAUUAGGAUAAUCUGAUAUUGAGUUUUGCUCACUGAGAUUAUGCUGAAAGCUUGAUGGACUCACAACACUUGAAACUGCUGCCAAUUUAGAGAGCUGGGGUGAAUGUACAAGUGCGUGUGUUUGUUUGGCGUGUGAGCGUGCGUGUGAGUGUGUGUGGUCACAACCCAUUUGUUGUCUAUUUGAUACCUGGACUGAGACCAAAUAGAGGAUUAUUAGAAUCCUCUCUUUGUAUAAUUUACUGUUUCUUAAUUUUGAAGUAUGUAAGUAAUUGUAUAGCAACAUGACACACAGGCACUUUUAGAGUCACCAUUUAAUUGUUUUUAGGUCAAUUUUUCCAUUAUUGGAAAUUGUGUCUUUGUAGUUAGUUCAACAAAAAUACAUUUUUCUUUGGGAGCCACAUCAACGGUCAUCGCCCUUGACGACACAUUUUAGUUUUGGCUCAUGGCAGGGGUCCGUUAUUCGUUAUUACGAAGCUAAGAAAUGUAGUUGGUGUUAAUAAAGUAAAUAUAGUGUAGCCUACUUGAGACUAUUUUUGUAUGUCCAAAUGUAAAUCUGAGGAUUAGCCCCCUAUGACAGAACACAGCUUUCACAGUCCAGAAAAUGAACAAUCAACUGUAUCAAAAUGGUUUAUCAAGAGCUCUCCAGUUAAAGUAGUUAAAUGUUUGGUCUCACAACCUUGAAAUGUGUGCGUUUUGUGGCCCCACAUGACUAUUUUCUGUGUGACUUUUUCUGGAGUAGGUGGACAAAUCUCUCUUCAUAAACUAUCACAAGUGGAAUAAAUGAUGUAAAAUCAAGUGUAUACUAGUGUUUGGAUUGGCACAGUGGGGGAUCUAAUUUGCACUGCAUUAGUUUUUCAAAAUCACUUUAAUAUUAGUUUGAUAGGUGCUUUGCUCAUUACUACUGAAAAGGUGCCCUUGUCUAAAAUGGGCCCGAAGCUGCGAAAUAAUGCUGUCUAAUAUUUUUUGUUUUAAUCAUGGUUUCUGCUUGAUUUGAGCACAUGCCAUUUAGUAAACUGGAUUGGUCUGAGUGUAGAAUGAGCAGCAUUUGCAUUUCUAAAGGGAGUCCAAUACAUUUCAAUGGCUCAGUAAUUUUUAUUCAAUCACAUAUUUCAGUAGAGGCUUUGAUUGCUUUCAGUGGUUUGGCACUCAACCAAAUACCCAAGUCUUCACAGAAACUACACAGCUUAGUGAUAGUUUGUCAAAGAACUUUUUUCUUUGUGAAAUUGGAUCGUCUAUGAUCUUUGUUAUUUUUGACUCUGUCUUUUGACAGAGUCUUACAAUUACUGAUCUUGAAUUCUAGGUUACCUAUAUUGGAUAGCACAAGACGACCACACAAAACCUCUCAGUUCUGUUGACGUUAUCAAAGUUGUAUUGAGAAAUGCUGUUUUUGCUACUUUAUAUUACAAACUGAACACUAUCCGAUUCUAUUCGUGUAUUAAGAUUGACUUCGCUUUAUGCCUUUACAGUGAACCCCUGAUUCAGCUGGUAAAGGAUCUAUAAACUGAUCAAACUGAAGGUGACCUGGCACAUGUCCAAAUAUGCUCUUAGGAACCUCAGAGCAUAUUGUUGUUCAGUAUUGUAAUGCAUCGCGUAUCUGCACUCAGUGGUAUUCAUUUUUUUGUCAUUGCACUAAAUGAUUUAUCUGCCUUUUAUGUUUAUUUUGUUAUAACAAAACUGUCAUACUAAUGUAAAUGUACAAGAGAAUGCUAAUAAACUAGAGUGAAAAUGUU